AUGAGUGACGGCCCUAUCUCACCACCCAAGCCCGCCGUGGUUGCUGAAGCCCACGAGGUUGAUACCUUCCACGUCCCCAAGGCGUUCUUCGACAAGCACCCGACGGGCACUCAUCUCAAAGACUUGGACGACUAUAAGAAGCUCUAUGAAGAGUCCAUCCGCAGUCCCGACACUUUCUGGGCCCGCAUGGCCCGAGAGCUCCUCACUUUCGACAGAGACUUCCAAACCACUCACAUCGGCUCUCUGGAGAACGGCGACAAUGCUUGGUUCGUUGAGGGACAAUUAAACGCCUCAUUCAACUGCGUCGACCGCCACGCCAUUAAGAACCCUGACAAAGUCGCGAUCAUCUACGAGGCCGACGAGCCUAACGAGGGCCGAAACAUUACAUAUGGGGAGCUUCUCCGAGAAGUAUCGCGGGUUGCCUGGGUUCUGAAGCAGCGCGGAGUUAAGAAGGGUGACACAGUUGCCAUCUACCUGCCCAUGAUUCCGGAAGCCAUCGUCGCCUUCCUCGCAUGCUCACGUAUUGGUGCUGUCCACUCCGUCGUUUUCGCCGGUUUCUCCUCUGACUCUCUGCGCGACCGCGUCCUUGAUGCUGGUUCCAAGGUCGUUAUUACGACAGACGAGGGAAAGCGUGGAGGCAAGAUCAUUGGAACCAAGCGGAUUGUGGACGAGGCUCUUAAACAGUGCCCUGAUGUGUCGACCUGCCUUGUUUACAAGCGUACCGGCGCCGAGGUCCCCUGGACUUCCGGCCGUGAUAUCUGGUGGCACGAUGAGGUCGAGAAGUACCCGUCAUACCUUGCCCCCGAGCCUGUGAACUCCGAAGAUCCCCUCUUCCUGCUUUACACAUCCGGUUCUACCGGUAAGCCAAAGGGUGUCAUGCACACCACUGCUGGUUACCUGCUAGGUGCUGCCAUGACUGGUAAAUACGUCUUUGAUAUUCAUGAUGAUGACCGUUACUUCUGUGGUGGUGAUGUUGGCUGGAUCACUGGUCACACAUACGUGGUGUACGCUCCCCUGCUUCUGGGAUGCGCCACAGUGGUCUUUGAGAGUACCCCUGCCUACCCCAACUUCUCCCGCUACUGGGAUGUUAUCGAGAAGCACAACGUGACUCAGUUCUACGUGGCUCCCACGGCUCUGCGAUUGCUGAAGCGCGCUGGAGAUGAGCACAUCCAUCACAAGAUGGCGCACCUGCGGGUUCUUGGAUCCGUUGGCGAGCCCAUCGCCGCUGAGGUGUGGAAGUGGUACUUUGAGAAGGUGGGAAAGGAAGAGGCUCACAUUGUUGACACCUAUUGGCAAACCGAGACGGGUUCCAACGUCAUCACUCCCCUUGGCGGUAUCACCCCAACAAAGCCCGGUAGCGCUUCACUACCAUUCUUCGGUAUCGAACCCGCCAUCAUCGACCCGGUCUCGGGUGAGGAAAUCUCGGGCAAUGACGUCGAGGGUGUGCUUGCCUUCAAGCAGCCCUGGCCUAGCAUGGCCCGCACCGUUUGGGGCGCCCACAAGCGCUACAUGGAUACGUACUUGAACGUAUACAAGGGCUACUACUUCACCGGGGACGGAGCUGGCCGUGACCACGAGGGUUACUACUGGAUUCGGGGACGUGUGGAUGAUGUCGUCAACGUCUCCGGUCACCGUCUGUCAACAGCUGAGAUUGAGGCUGCGCUCAUUGAGCACGCUAUGGUUGCUGAAGCCGCCGUCGUUGGUAUCGCUGAUGAGCUCACUGGCCAAGCCGUGAACGCCUUUGUGGCGCUUAAAGAAGGCAACGAGACAAACGACCAGGUUCGCAAGGAUCUCAUCAUGCAAGUCCGCAAGUCGAUUGGUCCUUUCGCCGCCCCCAAGGCUGUGUUCGUGGUCGAGGACCUGCCUAAGACCCGCAGUGGUAAGAUUAUGCGGCGCAUUCUGCGCAAGAUCCUGAGUGGCGAGGAAGACAGCCUUGGUGACAUUUCAACGCUGUCCGACCCCUCGGUGGUGAACAAGAUCAUCGCCACCGUCCACGCUUCCCGAGGGAAAUAA